AUGUCGCUAUCGGAGAAAGACAAAAUGGCGGCGGCGGCGAAAGCAGCGGUGGUUUUGCCACGGCCGGUGACGUUUGUGACCGGAAACGCCAAGAAGCUCGAAGAGGUCAAAGCUAUAAUCGGCAAUUCCAUUCCUUUCAAGUCUCUCAAACUCGACCUGCCUGAGCUUCAAGGUGAGCCUGAGGAUAUCUCCAAAGAGAAGGCUCGUUUAGCUGCUCUUCAGGUGAAUGGGCCAGUGCUAGUGGAGGAUACAUGUCUCUGUUUCAAUGCAUUGAAGGGUCUUCCUGGGCCAUACAUCAAGUGGUUUCUUGAGAAGCUUGGUCAUGAAGGUCUGAACAACUUACUGAUGGCCUAUGAAGAUAAGUCAGCUUACGCACUGUGUGCAUUCUCUUUCUCGCAUGGUCCAGGUGCUGAGCCUCUUACAUUUUUAGGGAAAACUCCGGGUAAGAUAGUUCCAGCAAGAGGACCAACGGAUUUCGGGUGGGAUCCAGUGUUUCAACCUGAUGAAUAUGACCAAACUUAUGCAGAAAUGGCGAAGGAAGAAAAGAACAAGAUAUCUCAUAGGUACAAGUCUUUAGCAAUGGUGAAAUCUCACUUCAAGGAAGCUGGCUAUGUGUUCCAGACAAAUGAUGAUGACACCAUUUAG